GUGUAAUAUUUCCAUCUUGCUGCAGAGUGCGCAAAAUGAGCGGACGUGAGAUGCGGCUGCUGGUGCGCGGCGCCUCGCAGGUGGUGCGAGUCGCAGCAGCUGGUGAGAAGGUCAAGCUGAAGGCUGCCAUGAACCACCUUGCCAUCAUCAAUGCAACAAAAGACCAGGGAGUCUCUAUCGCUGUUGAUAAGGACGGGCUGAUCGCUGCAGUGGGUCUGGACAAAGAGGUGGAAGCUCAGUUCCCAGACGCUGUAUGGGAGACAGUGGUGAAUGCCCGUAAGCGCUCUGUUGUACCUGGGCUGGUGGAUGCUCACACUCACCCUGUGUGGGCUGGCGACCGUGUCCAUGAGUUUGCCAUGAAACUUGCUGGGGCGAGUUACAUGGAGGUGCACGACGCAGGAGGCGGCAUUAACUUCACUGUAGAACACACCAGAGCUGCCACAGAGGACGACCUGCUCAAGCUGCUCCUGCCUCGCCUCCAGCGCAUGACCCGGGCAGGCACGACUUUGGUGGAGUGUAAGAGUGGCUACGGCCUCGACGUACAGACUGAAGUGAAGAUGCUGAGAGUGUUAGAGAAGGCUCGCCCUCACGCCAACCUCACAAUCUCUUCCACUUUCUGUGGUGCCCACUCUGUGCCCAGGGGCCUGACGGCGGAGGAGGCAACAAGACUAGUAAUAGAAGAGCAACUGCCAGCUGUCAAAGCCGGCAUAGUCGCUGGAGAGUUGCAGGUUGAUAGCAUCGACGUUUUCUGUGAGCAGGGCGUUUUCGACGUAGACCAGUCACGACGCAUUUUGGAGGCUGGACAUCGUGAGGGACUUAUGAUCAAUUUCCAUGCAGAGGAACUCCAUCGUUUGAAUGCAGCAGAGAUGGGAGCUUCCCUCGGCGCAGAAGCCAUGAGCCAUCUAGAGAAAAUAUCUGAAGAAGGUAUAGCUGCCAUGGCUCGGGCUGGCACAGUGGGCAUUCUGUUGCCUACCACCGCCCACAUACUUAGACUCAAGCCCCCACCCGCCCGUGCAAUGAUUGACGGGGGCGUGCCUGUCGCACUAGGAACUGACUUUAACCCAAACGCCUUCUGCUUAUCCAUGCCGGUGGUGAUGCACUUAGCGUGUGUCAUACUCAAGAUGUCGCUGAAUGAGGCCCUCACAGCUGCUACCCUUCACGCCGCUCACGCACUCCGCAAAGCUCACUCCCACGGCUCUAUAGAACCCGGCAAAGUGGCUGAUCUUGUCAUUGUUGACGAACCCAGGUGGGAGCACCUGGUAUACCAGCUGGGAGGAGCAGACCAAGCUAUCUCCCAUGUCAUCAAGGCUGGCAGAGUUGUCCAUACUAGGCUCUCUUCAUCACACAAACACCAUCACUGAUGACCACAUAACCCACUCCAAUAUGCAUUAAACCUCACAUCACCACACUACAUAACCUCAGCUACUGAGGUUCACCACAUUACACCUCACCAGCUACUGAGCCUCACCCUAAUAUAUCAGACACUAAGCCUCACCCCACUAUACCAGACUGAGCCUCACCCCACUAUAUCAGACACUGAGCCUCACCCCA